CACUGCUCAACUGAGGGACUGAGUGAGUGAGACACAUGGAGAUUAAGAAAAAGAGAAAGUAGAAACAAGGACAUGUGACACCAAAUAUCCGCGGUAACCACCUGAACAGUGACAUUUCCACUUUUUAUGGGAGGCAGGAAACAAGGCAACUACCUGUGGAGAUGGGAAGCACAACCCCCCAAGUGUACCUCAAUGUGACUGAACAGAUGAACAACUUGUCUUCAGCCCCAGCUAAGAAUGAAGAGGGUUUCAGUGAGGCAACGAUGAUCCUGCUGGGCAUUAUCACGUCCUUACUUGUGUUGUGCAUUGUUUUUGGCAACAUCCUGGUAAUAACAGCCAUCGCCCGCUUCCAGCGUCUCCAGAAUGUCACAAACUGCUUCAUCACAUCCCUGGCCUGUGCUGACCUAGUGAUGGGUCUCAUUGUGAUUCCUUUUGGUGCCUGUUACAUUAUCUUUAAGACCUGGCACUUUGGUAGUUUUUGGUGUGAGUUCUGGACAGCAACUGAUGUCCUUUGUGUGACUGCAAGUAUUGAGACCUUGUGUGUCAUAGCUAUAGACCGGUAUUUGGCCAUUACUUCACCUUUCCGAUACCAGUCAAUGCUGACUAAGUGCAAAGCUCGCAUUGUGGUUGUACUAGUGUGGGUGAUCGCAGCCCUGAUAUCUUAUCUGCCUAUACACAUGAAGUGGUGGAUAUCAGAUGAUGAAGAAGCUCAGAACUGCAUUAAAGACAGUAACUGCUGUGAGUUCUACACCAACAUGGCUUAUGCCAUCACCUCCUCAAUCGUCUCUUUCUACAUCCCUUUGGUCAUCAUGGUCUUUGUCUAUAGCCGUGUUUUCCAGGAAGCCAAGCGCCAACUAAAGAAGAUUGACCAAAGCGUCGGACGUUUUCACAAUGACAACAGCAACCUCAAACCCCUUGAGGCCAACAAUGGGCGUGGCCACAAGAAAGUCAAAUUUUGCCUGCGGGAACACAAGGCCUUAAAGACACUGGGUAUUAUCAUGGGGAUCUUCACUCUGUGCUGGCUGCCCUUCUUUCUGCUCAAUGUGGUGGUGGCCAUAUGGAAGGUGGACAAUAUAGACCUCACCUUCAGGAUACUCAACUGGAUAGGGUACGCGAACUCUGCUUUCAACCCACUUAUUUACUGCCGGAGCCCCGAGUUUAGAUAUGCCUUCAAGGAAAUUCUUUGCAUGAAGAGGAUCCGCUUUGCUAACGCGGGUCCUGUGAAUGGAUACAUCUACGGCAGGAACAGCUGGCAGACCGAGCACCAGGGAAGGAGUAAAGGCAGCUCAGAGGACAGUGACGCCAAUGAAGUGUGUCUGAGUAAGGGAGUGAGGGUCUGCGGUGUUGUGGACCGAACCGUGGACCCCAAUGGGAAUUGUAGCAAAGGCCUUACGACUGUAACGACUGUACUUUAAAGCUGGGGCCCUAAAACAGGGUAAUACAGACAUGUUUACACUGCUUUUAUGAACUUUUUCCAGUUGACUGAUACAGGUAAGGCCAUUCAUAAGGACUGUCUCUGAAGACUGCUUUAAAGAAACUGUAAUAGUUAUGGUCAAAUGAGGAAAGCAUUUCCCUUCCUCUUCAAACACAUUUAACAGUUACUGUAGAUUGAUCACUUUGUGUUUUUCAUAUUGAUUUUUACAUCUACCUCACCAUAUCUUUUUUUUUUAAUAUUUGUUAUUUAAUUCACUACACUAAUUCACACUCAUAGACACACUGGUAGUACUGCAGCAGUUUAUUUAUUCUCCUAAAUAGUCUGUGGAUUACAUGAUUGGUAAUUAUACAGUUCAAAUCUUGUAAUAUGUGGAUUUUGUUUUUGUUUUUUUUGUUGUUUUUUUGGAGCAAGAUGUUUUUUAAUGUUGUUGGAGGCUUUAAAUUCCAUUGAUCAUGCCAAUUUGGCAUGGAAAGUGAGUAACUUAUUUCCAUUUUGGAAUAGUAGGAUCAAGUUUAAUACAUCUAUGGUGCUUUGUUUAAAAAGAUACAUUCCACAAAAUUUAAAUCUGGCUUCAUUCAGUUUUAAUUUUUUUAUGCAUUGACCAGUGUGAUCAGUGAUCACCAACAGGUAUAGCAGAACUCUUCACUUUCUUUUUCACUCUGAUAGCUGUGCCUACUCCUUGUACUAACAUUUUAUAUCCAGUUGCAUGCAAGGUACUGUUACCAGCAGCACAACAGAGAUAUGAACAUUUGCACUUAUCUAUAAUCCACUGGUGCAAGCUGAGAAACGCCUGGGGCCAUCCUCUGUUAGUCAUAUGAUAAAACUAGCAGGCGUAUGUGCAUACCAUCAUGUCGUUGUUAUCAGCCCUCAACAUAUCAAAUAAGCUUAAUUUGGCCUUCAGACAAUAUUAAUGCUGGUUGAAGGAUUUCAGCUGUUUGGACUCCAACGCAUUUUUUUUUUUUUAACCAUUUUUCAUCCACUCCAAUAUCAGUAAUUAAUACUGAUGUAAUAACAGUUAAGGUUACACUUUGUAAGAAAUGUAAAAUGCAAUCUGGUACAUUUUAGUGUCACUUAAUGUUCAGGAAAACCAUUAGUCUUGUAGCUCGUAGCAGCUGUACCAGUUUUUGUUUGUUGCACAAGCUCUGGUCUGUUUGUUUAUUAAAUUUUGUGGUUGCCGAGUUUCAGCAUGUACAGUGUUUACUGAAACCAGAGACGCAGUUUCCUUAGCCGUGGCACAAGGGUACAAAUCACUCACAAUAAUAAUAAACAGCGCAUCAAAAUAGCCAAGUGAUAACAAAUUUCCCGACUGAGACAAGGUGGUCACUUCGCAGGACAAUAAACUGAUAUGAGAAAAAUAGUCUGAGCAGGGCAGUGUGUACCUUGACAGAUUCUAGAGGCUCCUCACUGUAAAUACGACCCUCGUGAAUCUAUAUGAAAUCAGACAUUUCAAUAAGACACUCAGGAGUGCAAUAAGAAUUGUCUUGGCUGUCACUGGUUUUUCACUCCAUGGCUCUGCCUCUGUGCUCUCCUUUAGCUGUCUCUCAGUGUGCUGUCUUCAGGAAAUGCCCCGCAGCAGAUGAGCCUAGCCCAAUAAACAUGAAUAAGUCCAUUAUCUCCGCUCUCCUCCCAAAAACAACACUGAAAGAUUAGGAGAUUACAAAGUAUACAGUUCCAAAUUUCCAGAUUGUGAUGUGAUCCAAAUUGCCAACAUGAAAUGAGACUAUAAUUCCAAUUAGCCCUCUUAAUAUAAAAUACUCUUGGGACUAUUGUACCACUUUUUGACUGAGGCAGACAUUAAUCCAGGAUGAGAUCUUCAUGUCUUGGGCUUUAAUUGGGGGAAUUUAUCCCUCUUUUCCAGACUAAGUGGCUUCCAUGAUCAUUUCUAACUGAGAAGAGUAAUGGAGGUGUUGCUGCAAGUGUAACCCUUUUCCCCAGACAUGUUGGUGGCCUCUCAUUUGUUGAGAUUAGAGUGACAGUCUGUUAAAUGCAGCCGCUGGGAGCAGGAGGGGGGUGCAGGGAUUCUGUGCUGGACGUUUGGCGUGUGUUUAUUGCAUGUGGUGUUGCUUCUGGGGUUGGGUCAGCUGACACUGGCGAAAACUGUGAAUUUUGUUCCUUCAGGCGAAUCUCUGUGUACUGUAUUGCAAGGUUUAGUUCACACUGUCACAGACCUUAAGAACCGAUAUAAACAGGGUGUCAUCAAAGACAAACAGUAUGUUGUUCUUUUCUGUUUCUCAUCGAUUUACAGCUAAGUAUAAGCAGGGGUGAAUGUCAAUGUCACAACAAAAGGUUCUCCAGGGUUUUUCUGCAUUUUCACUGUAUAGCAAAGCACAUGAUAGAUACUCUAGACCAAGACUUUCAUAUAUAAACAUGAACUCACAACAACCGCAGCACUGGCAGUGUAUCUGUUAGUCAUUGUUAAAUUAAAUACAUAAUCACAUUUUCAGGUCUGACUUUUAAAAAAAAAGUGUCAUUUCCACAUGCAUUUCACAAAUGAUCGCUUGCAUGUCAACUUUGUAAUUGUGGUGAUGUGUUUGUGAACUUGUGAUGCCCGUCCCUUUCAAUCUGCUUGAGCCUAUGUGGAACUGGUUACAAACUAUAUAUCCACAGUGCUCCCUCCUGGCAAUGGCCUCUCCUUGCACCUCGGCUGUCCUGGAGUUAUUAAUGGUUACUGUUUCAUCAAUACACUUGUAUAAUAAGGAAUGUAAUUCAUGUCUGUGCCUUCCUACACUGGAGGACACAACACAGAUAUGUGCAAUGACUCUGCGAUGAUUACCUGACGCCACAACAUUCCAAGCACAGCUCAUGGUUUGAAAAAGAAACACAGUGUGUCAUCCUGAUGCAUGUAGUGUACAUUCAGUUCUACUAAAACAUGAGUCUCAUGAGACACCUGGUUUUACAAUUCUGCUUAAAUAUAGGUUUCUUUGACAGUAGAUGCUGUUCUGUCAGAAUCACUUGUAUUUGCUACAAUUCUAGCUCAAGUCUUAAAGAAUAAUGUGACACAUAUAUGUUUUAAUGCACAAUAAUUUAAAGUCCGUGUAUCUUACUUGGACAUCUUAAUGUCCAUGUAUGGUAUGUCAUUGACAGAUGGUUUAAUUCUCCAUUCUUUCAUCACAGUUUGGCCCACAAGAACAAAUCCAUCUGAUUUAAUUUAGAUUUCUCACCGACCUUAAGCAGCAUUGUACAGCUAUGUUUUAUACAAGACAUAUGUAGAAAAACUAAACCACAUGUGCAUUAGUCAACUAUCAACCUUUCAUGGCUGAGGAGUUUUACUGUUCACCUCUACUCUAAAGUUUUUGCGGAAGUUCCUUUUCCUGUUUGAGGCUAAAAAUGAAAAGUCAUGAGAAAUGACUGCUACACAGUCUCAGUAUAGAUGUUGCUCGAGAUGAACUAUUCUGAUAAUUUGAUGUUUAAAUGUGACUCUAUGACAAUUAAAAAUAGCUUCAGCCAUCAUAUGAGAAGUAAACCUAUAUAUGUGAACUUUUUUGUGGCCAGAGUGAAAAAGCCAUCACUCAGUUGUAAGUUUACUAAAUGUUUCUUUUGCAAGCUAUUUUCGCACAACUUACUGCCAUUAUUUAAUGAAGCCUGUUACAAUAUGUGGUGUAGUGUCUUAUUUAUGAAAAGUGCAAGUAUAUGUGCUGUAACAUUCGUACUGAAAUAAAUUAUGCCUGUAUUGUCUUCAUUGA